UUUUUGCCUGAGAAACAAUAUGAAUCAUUGAUUGCACACUCUGGUGACGUGUGCCUUGUGUGUGCACUGCGUUUAAAAAUACCAGCUUUCCACAAAGCCCUAGUUACUAGGCAGAACCGUGAGAAGCGUAACUAUUCCCAUUGGCCAAGUCUGGGAACCGAAGGGGCGGGGGGAACAAGCCGACUAGGAUGGUCAUUGUUCGGCUACUAGUCUCAGCAUGCACGUGUGAAGAUGUUUUCAGAUAAUGUGCUGGGUGAGACGUGUGCGAGCUAAGAUUCGUGAGGAAAUAAGGUCAACACACGAAACGUGCUAUUUUUAUUUCAGUGGUGGUGUUGCUGCGAUACUCUGAUAGGAGGGGCUUAUGCGCGACUAGCUCCCGAAAACAGGAAUCACUGGGGUGGGGUGUGACCCGUGUAGCACAGGCUCGGCAUGGAGCAGGAGGAGUGCCCUGCAGAGGGAAACCCUGUGACCCCCUCUCAGACGAGGUCGUCAGCAGAUGAAGAGGGCACGGCGACGCGGAGGAAGAGGAGGAAGAAGAAGGAGCAGAUGGAAUCCAUCAUUGUGUACCGCUCUGAGGCAGAGGAGCAGGAUGAAGAUGGAGCAGAGGGAGCCUCAGACGAAGGGGGCAAUGUCACUAGCGACAUUGCUGAGGAAGAGACCUGGAGCAUGCCUGCAGACAGCCGCUACGUCACCCUGACAGGCACCAUCACACGGGGCAAGCGGAAGGGUCAAAUGGUGGACAUCCAUGUGAGCUUGACUGACAAGGAGUUUCGUGAGAUGGCUCGUUCCAAGGAGCGCCUGGACGCUGAGUGCGAGGAGGCGGCAGCGGUUGCGGCCGCCGGAGGCAGGCGUUCCUGCACCGUAGGACCAGGCCAGGGCCCUCACGUGCUGCUGUGGAGCCUCUCCUGCCUGCCAGUGGUCUUCCUCCUCUCCUUCAUAACCUCGUUCUACUACUGCACGCUCACCUGGUACAACGUGUUCCUGGUGUACAACGAGGAGCGGACGUUUCUCCACAAGGUGACGCUGUGUCCGGUCCUCAUCCUUGUCUACCCGCCCCUCAUUGUGGUGCUGUCCCUGGGCAUGGGGGUGUACGCCGCCGUGGCUCAGCUCUCCUGGGUGUUUGCGGAGUGGUGGCUGGCCGUGAGGGACCUAGAGAAGGGCUUCUGUGGAUGGGCCUGUGGAAAGCUGGGACUGGAGGACUGCGCCCCCUAUAGCGUGGUGGAGCUCCUAGAUUCGGAUACUCUGUCGGGAAAUCUGCAGAUGAAGAGGGUGGACGAGGCAGAGCAGAUGUCAUGUGUAUGAUCUUGUGAUCAAGCUCAAAGCUUUGUGUGUUUGUGUGUGUGUACGGGUGUGAAUGGAAGAUUUGAUCAAAAGGCAUGUGUAUUUAUCGGUCUGUAAACAUAUUGUUUACAAAAUGCCAUACUAACAACGACCAAUAGGAGAAGAUGGAAAUGGUGUGGACAUGUCUUAAGGAAACAUUCUAAUAACAUCACUAGAAUAUCAGCAAGGUGGACUCCCGACAGUGGCAAGAGAUGAAGGGGACGGCCUAAGGAAACAUGGAGAAGGACUAUAUUGAAAGAAGCAAAAGAACUAGGGAAGUCCAUGGAAGAGAUAGAUUUACUAGCAAAGGAUAGGGAGAGGUGGAAGUCCAUAGUGUUGGCCCCUACACGCCACAUAGGCGUAAAGGAUGACGAUGAAGAUGAAACAUAUUGUGUGUGUUUACUUGAGUCAGUGGGAAGUUUUGUAGUUGUGUGUGGGUGUCAGUUUAACAAAAUUUCAUUUUUUAUCAUAAGCUCUUUGAAAGGACUCUUCAAUAAGACUAAAAGUCACAUCCGAAGUCACUGUCUACAAGAUGACCAUAUGCCCAGUUCUCAUCCUAGCCUAUGCACUUCUCAUCAUGGUGCUGUCCCUGGGUAUGGACAAAGGCUUCUGUGGAUGGGCCUGUGGAAGCCUGGUGCUGGAAGACUAUGUUCCCUAUAGUGUGGUGGGAAUGUCUGACUCAGAUACUGUGUUGGGAAAUCUGCAGUUAAAGAGAUGAUGUGUCUCGCUGUCUGAUUAUAUGAUCAAGGCUUUGUGGAAUCUGUGUGUGUGUGUUCAUGUGUGCACAUGCACUGCUAUGAAUGGGAGGUUCGGUCACCAGAUAUAUUGUGUGAUCGUUGUGAUUGUCAGGUGUGUGUGUGUGUGUGUGUAUAUGUCUGUCAGUGUCACUUUCAGUUGCAUUGCUAAUUGCCACAUCUAAGCUCAAUCACAAAUUUUCACUAUACGCUUUUCAAUAGAACUUGUAAAUGUGAUGUCUGAACUUUUAAUCUUUUUUAUCACAUUUUUCAGUGAGUCACUUAAAUGCCACAUGUUUGGAGACUAGGCUUUGGUCAGUGUACAUUAACACAUCUCACUGUACAGUGGACAUUGGUGUUCAUCCUCCAUGUUAACUGUCUGUGCUGCAUGGUUAUACAUCAUGUACAUCGUUACGACAACAGCAACAAUGUUCUUUAGAACUGAAUUAGAAGAACUCUUUUCCCAAGUUAAUGACGUUACAUUGUACUGCACCGAUUUGUAGGGUAGGACUACUGUUUUAAGUGGACGAUAUUGUUUGAAGUUUAAGUGAUAAGACUGGAUACAGUUUGGGCACCUCUGGUCAAAAUGUAUGUUCCUGUGAAUAGCUAAGCGAGUCAAAGAUGACACAUUUCUUUAAUAUUUUAAGUAAAUAUUGAUUCAAAAUAACAAAAAAGGAUGGUCAGUACUUAGUAGCAGGUCAUAUUGGGUCUGGUUUUGCUGUACAGUAGAACAGUGCACAACCACUCCAGGGUCAGCUAAAGGUCUUUUGCAGUCAAACGGGGGUUUUGAUUUGCAUUUUUAUAGUAAUCCUAUGAGCAGUUCUCUCCGCAAGUUUUCUUUGUCUUCCAGACCUCAACUUUACCUCCACCGUUCCUGUUAACAUUGUGGGCAUCAAUUUUUUUAAUUUUCAGAGUGCUAGGCAGCUGAUGAGAGGAGCCCAUGGCUGCUGAUCGUUGGGACAAGGUUUGAGGAGCCAGAGUUCAUAAAGCUUUGAAAUUAGCAUCUACUGGCCGUUCCAAAGGAUGAUUGCGAAUAAGCCAUAACCCUAACAAGCUAAUUAAGGUCGGAGACCUUAGUUAAAGUGGUGUGAAAGCUCAAAUCUCGUGGAUGUGUCGUGGAAUAAUACAUACACACUUAACUUGCUUAAAUGUUUUAUCUUUAACUUUAUGCCCACAUGUCUGCAUUGCCACUUUAUAUUUUAACCUGCCUUCUUGUUACAAUACACGCCUCACAAGAACGACCUGAACUACCCUCACAGUGCUUUGCAAUCGAAAAUAGCCUACUUCACUUGAUUUACAAUGUAAUAAAGGAUCUUGUUGCUGUAACACUAACACACAAAAGCAUAUCUGACCAAGCCUUUUGCAUUUUGUCUUGUGCAAUAAUGUAAAUGGAUGAAAAAAUAUGAAGAAAAAAUAUGAAUUAUGAUAUGAGUAUUCAUCAGUAACUUGCUUUGGAUAAUGCUAUGGGGUUGGUUGGUUGGUUGGUUGACAGCACACAAAUCACAUUGCACUUUCAACAAACAUGGAAAUAAUAUAAUAAAAGAAUAUGAGAGCA